AUAUUCAAAACGAUUUAAAUGUAAAAAAGUUCUUUUCAUAUUCAAAACGACUCUUAAACACAAAAAUAUUACUUUCAAUGUUCAAAGAAAUAGUGUAAUAUAUUUAAAUUCCAUUAUUUUGUUGGUGAGAUUAUAUGAUAUACAGCUGUAAUUAUUGUUUCUAAUAUUGUAAUUGGAAAGAUUUUUAUAUUUUAUUUUGUACUUGUUUUAUUUUAUGAUAUAUCAUUAUAUUUUAUCAUGUCCCAAUUCUGUCUAAAAGGUACAAUUGGAAUAAAGAUAGAUCUAUAAUUAGUUCCACGUAUUUGUAUGUACAUAAAUUCUAUUCUUUAUAGCUGAACUGGCUACACUCGUUCAGAGUUCAUCUUUCUCCUUCCAAUGUGAAGAGAAAAAGAUAAACUCUUAACUAGUGCAGCCAGCUAUAAAAAAUAGACUUAUACAUACGUAAAAAAGAUCGUCCGAUGUGACGUUUGCUCGUGACGUCACAGAUAUUCGUUACGAUAUAAUGGCAUCCAUGGCCAACGUGAGGGCGUGAAAUCUGAUAUUUUUAGAAUAAACGCUUUGAAAUAAAAUUAAAAUUUUUAUCAUUUUCUAUUAUAGCUGUCUCAAUUGCAUUACACCGAUUGUUUGUAAAGUCAAUGCAAGUCCCAAUGUCGCUUGGCUUGUUCUUAUUUCACUCGCGAGAAACCGAGUUCCCAAGUUAUAUUUCGUUUUGGUGUUGUGGCAAUAUUUCUUAACGCAGUCGAGAAGAGAAUCUCAAGUAAUCUUUUCAUGGCAGUGCGAGCAAGUGGAUGCACGUUCGUAUCACUCCUGAAAUUCUUCAAGAUCUGCCAAAGUUUCAGCGUUUACGAAGCCGGCUAUACCGUUUGUGACUUGAAUUGUAAAAGAAAAUGGCAGCAAAAGCAAUUCGCGAAGCGACUGGGAAAGAUUUAAUUAAUCGUAAGCUUUCUUCUGGAAUAAAAGUAGCGAAAUGUAGAUUCGUACCUAUUACGGGAGAUACAAAUUGGAUCGAUAUCGCCAACGAAUAUCCGUGGCUCAAGACGGAAAAAUUAGUCGUAAAACCGGAUCAAUUAAUCAAGCGUCGAGGAAAACUCGGAUUAAUCAAAGUGAACGCAGAUUUACCUACUGUACAAAAAUGGGUUGAGCAACGCAUGAAUAAGGAGCAACGCGUCGGCAAGGCGACUGGAAAGUUAAAAACAUUCAUAAUCGAACCAUUUGUACCGCACAAACCGGAAGAGGAAGUUUAUAUCUGUAUUUAUUCUCAUCGCAAAGCUGACACGAUACUAUUUCAUCAUCAAGGAGGUGUCGAUAUUGGAGAUGUCGAUGCUAAAGCUUUGAAAUUAGACAUACCAGUUGGCAGCGAGUUGCCCGAUCGAUCUACAUUGAUUAAUAAACUUCUGAUUAACGUGACGGACGAUAAAAAAGUGAUGAUUGCUGAAUUCAUAGAAUCUCUUUAUAAGCUUUAUGUUAAUUUAUAUUUCACAUACAUGGAGAUCAAUCCGUUGGUGGUAACGGAUUCCGCGAUCUAUAUACUUGAUCUCGCAGCCAAGCUAGACACUACGGCAGAUUUCAUAUGUAAACCGGAUUGGGGUGAAAUCGAUUAUCCACCGCCAUUUGGAAGAGAUGCUUAUCCGGAAGAAGCCUACAUAGCUGAUUUGGAUGCCAAAUCGGGCGCCAGUUUAAAAUUGACAAUUCUGAAUCCAAACGGCCGCAUAUGGACAAUGGUUGCUGGUGGUGGUGCGUCUGUAAUAUAUUCGGACACAAUUUGCGAUUUGGGUGCAGCGGAUGAAUUGGCCAAUUACGGCGAAUAUUCUGGUGCCCCUAGCGAACAACAAACUUACGAAUACGCAAAAACCAUCCUGAGUUUGAUGACGAAGACAAAGCGUCAAGAUGGAAAAGUGCUCAUUAUAGGAGGUGGAAUUGCUAACUUCACAAAUGUAGCUGCAACAUUUAAAGGCAUUGUUAAGGCUCUCCAGGAAUAUCAGCCUAAACUGGUAGAGCAUGAUAUAAGAAUUUUUGUAAGAAGAGCCGGACCUAAUUAUCAAGAGGGCUUAAGGAUAAUACGGGAAGUUGGUAGACGGUUAGGGAUUCCCGUUCAUGUAUUCGGUCCCGAGACGCAUAUGACAGCUAUAUGUGCUAUGGCAUUAGGAAGGAAACCGAUUCCUGAUCCAGAAGCUCAAGAAUUCUCAACUGCAAACUUUCUUUUGCCUUCCGGACAGGAUGUCGGACCACCAUCUACACCGCCCAAGAACAAAUUACCAUUAGAAGAGCAACCUAAACUAAAACCUACCGAUGUAGUAGAUUCGAACGACGGUGACAGACAACUUUUCAGCAAUAAAACUAGAUCUAUCAUUUGGGGUAUGCAGACGAGGGCUGUACAGAGUAUGUUGGAUUUUGAUUUUGUUUGUCGAAGAUGCGAGCCAUCUGUCGCUGCUAUCGUUUAUCCGUUCACUGGUGAUCACAAGCAAAAAUUUUACUGGGGCCAUAAGGAGGUCCUUAUCCCUGUCUAUAAACAAAUGAAAGAUGCUAUGGCUAAGCAUACGGAUGCGGAUGUAAUGGUCACAUUUGCCUCUCUAAGAUCUGCCUAUGAAAGCACCAUGGAAACAUUGCAAUUUCCGCAAAUCAGAACAAUCGCGAUAAUCGCGGAAGGUAUACCUGAAAAUAUGACUAGAAAAAUGAUCUUAGCGGCGCAACGAAGAAACGUAACUAUAAUCGGACCGGCGACUGUGGGAGGUGUGAAACCGGGAUGUUUUAAGAUCGGUAAUACCGGCGGAAUGAUGGACAAUAUUCUGCAUAGCAAAUUAUAUAGACCUGGCAGCGUCGCUUAUGUUUCUCGUUCCGGUGGCAUGUCAAACGAAUUAAAUAACAUUAUCUCAAAGGCUUCUAACGGUGUACUGGAGGGUGUCGCUAUCGGUGGAGAUCGAUAUCCGGGAACUACCUUUAUGGAUCACAUAAUGCGUUAUCAAAAUAAUCCAGACGUGGAGCUGAUCAUACUGCUCGGAGAAGUCGGCGGUAUCGAGGAAUAUGAAGUAUGCGAAGCAUUGAAAAGCGGUAGGAUCAGGAAGCCAUUGGUGGCUUGGUGCAUCGGUACCUGUGCCAGUAUGUUCAAUUCCGAAGUGCAGUUUGGCCAUGCUGGCUCGAUCGCGCAUUCCAAUCUUGAAACAGCUUCCGCGAAAAAUGCAGCGCUGAAGGCCGCCGGUGCGUACGUCCCGGAUAGCUUCGAUACUCUCGGCGAUCUCAUACAAAGCGUUUACGAAAAACUGGUGAAAGACGGCACAGUGGUGCCGAAACCCGAAGUUCCACCGCCGACAGUACCAAUGGAUUAUAAUUGGGCCAGGGAACUUGGUUUAAUACGUAAACCUGCGUCAUUUAUGACGUCUAUUUGCGACGAACGUGGACAGGAAUUAUUGUAUGCCGGUAUGCCUGUAACUGAGGUGCUGAAGCAAAACGUGGGUAUUGGCGGCGUCGUGUCACUUUUGUGGUUUCAGCGUUGCUUACCCCCAACCUACUGUAAAUUUCUCGAAAUGUCUUUGAUGCUGACAGCUGAUCACGGUCCGGCUGUUUCCGGGGCUCACAAUACCAUCGUUUGCGCACGCGCUGGAAAAGAUUUGGUCAGCUCUCUCGUUUCUGGACUUUUAACAAUUGGUGAUCGUUUCGGUGGUGCCUUAGACGGCGCGGCUCAUAUGUUUUCCGAGGCAUACGAUGCCGGUCUACAUCCGCAAGAAUUUGUAAAUAACACGCGUAAAAAGGGCAAGCUAAUUAUGGGUAUUGGUCAUCGUGUCAAAUCGAUUAACAAUCCUGAUAUGCGCGUUAAGCUUAUCAAAGAAUUUGUGUUGGAGAAUUUUCCGGCGAAACCUUUGGUCGAAUAUGCCUUGGAGGUUGAGAAAAUAACGACCAGUAAGAAGCCUAAUUUAAUUCUUAAUGUAGAUGGAAUUAUUGCCAGCGCCUUCGUCGAUAUGCUACGGAACAGUGGUAGUUUUACAAGAGAAGAGGCGCAAGAAUAUAUUGAAAUAGGUGCCAUAAAUAGUCUUUUCAUCCUUGGUCGAAGUAUAGGAUUUAUCGGUCAUUAUAUGGACCAGAAGAGAUUAAAGCAAGGCCUUUAUCGCCAUCCGUGGGAUGAUAUUUCUUACGUACUACCUGAACAAUAUAAUUGAAAGCUAUGAAACGCGUGCGCAAUAUAUAGCGCUUAAUAUCUCAUUGUUAAUCGCUUAGUUCGAAAACCGUCUUAAAUAUAAAUGAGUUGAGAUAUAGAAGAACAUCAAUUAUCGAUCUAUCGUCGCAUUCGAUUAAUCGAUCAAUUGUCAAUUGAGAUCAAUAUACACGAAAUUAGAUUGCACUUGCACGUCACACAGUGUACUGAAAAACACUAUAUAUCGUUAUUUUUUAAAAAUGAAAUUUGUUCUCAAUUUAAGUUAUUCCUUUAUAUAAAUUUUUAUAUUAAUAUAUCUUAUAUUAGUUGUUUGUUAAUUUCAAUCUUUUUAUUAAUUAUAAUUAAAAUUUUGUAACUGAUUAAUUGCUCAUAACUAAAAAAUUAUAAGUCAGAUCUACAUGGCGAGAAAACAUUAAACGAGAUGAUAUGUAUAAUUUCAGCCUUAUAAUUCAAUGUAGACACAAAUUAUCAUAUUCCAAUAUCACAUUCCAUUAUGUGCAUUUUUGUGUAAAUAGUUUCAAAACUGUGAAAUUGGUUUAAUAAUUUAUUUAAAAACUCCUUAGUUAACACGAUAUCAAAAUUUCCGUUAGAUAAGAAUUUUUAUUAAAAAAUUACUGAUCUUUGUCUCUCUCAUGUAUACAAUUCUAAUAUGAAUUAUAAAGAAGAUAGUAAAUAUAUAUUUAUGAAUGUGUGCUGUGCU